ACAUGUAAAGCCCCGCCUUGUCCUUUACGGAAGUAAGCGGUUCAGUGAAGCAGAAACGAGAUUUAGCUCAUUUAUUGUCAUAUUCGUAACUUCCACACAUAUAAAAGAAGGUACAGCUUCUUUUAUUCGCUCACUUCUUUUCUUCUGCAAGAACAGACAAGCAGGAAGCGGAACUGACAAUGGGAAUAAUCUAAUUGCUGGAUCAUCACAAGACGGCAAAGCAUGUGAUAUUGGGCAUGCAGACUGUUGUACUGGAUUGAAGGGAUGAUUAGAUUAAAACCGGGGGCGAAACGUGUUUUAAAGCCUAUUAAAAGCGUAAACAUUUAACGCUGAUAUAAGAUGGUCCAUGUGUACAACUGCCACCCGUUCGCGUCUCAGCGGAUCGUCCCCGCGGCGCAGGAGCCCGGGCUGGUGUGCUGCGGCGGGGGUGCGCUGUUCGUCGUGUCCGCUGGAGGAUGUAAAAUCGAGGCGUAUCACAUGCAGCAGGAGGAAUGUCCUCUAAUCUGCCGCUUCUCCACCAUGGGCAUAGUGCACAGGAUUGUGUACAGUCAGAUCGGGGAUUACCUGGUCACCAUUGAAGAGAAGAAUGGUGCCACCUACCUGAGGGCUUACACCAACUGGCGUUACCAAGCAGCUGAGAAGAAGCGUGUAGGUGUUCGCUUGCUCGGGCACCUCAUGCGCGGCCCAGUCCACCAUGGCACCCCCAAGGAACAGAUGGAGAUUGUAGAGAUGCCAUUAUCAGAGACACCGCUCUGUACUGCCUGCUGCUCCAUAACAGGUGCCCUGCUAGUGGCCUGUGCAAAGAGCUUGGUGCUGUUCGGUCUGAAGCGGCAAUCGCUUAGCGAUCAACUCGACGCCCUUGACUUCGAGAGGCUCCUCAUCCUGUACAUUUCUGGUUUGAGCCCGUUGCAGGUGGCACUCUGUGGUGGCUACGUGGCCCUGCAGACAGAGCUGGAGGUGCUGGUGGUGAAGCUGGAGAACCUGGAAAAGACAUGUGCAUCCAAUGAAGUGCAUACACAGCUGCCUCAUGAUGAUAUGGCUGCAGCUGGUGUUACUGAAAAUGAUGUUAAAAAGGAACCACAGAGUCCCCUUGAGUCUGAUGACUUCUUUGUGUUCCCGAAGCAUCUGGAGAUGCUGGGAGAGAAGGCGAAGGAUUGUGGGGUGUCUCUGUCUUUAGAGUGGACUGGGAUGGAGACAGAGGCAAGCGACACCAUGGGAGUUACCUACAUCUUGUACAGGAGGUUUGCCCCAGAUUUCUUCCAGGGCUGCAGUGUGGAGGAGACACGCUUACACUCCCUGCAGCUCCACCCCAUGUACACUGGGAAUCCAGAUGUAAGCAGUGAUCUAGAAAAGAGUGAUCCCGCCUGUAUGUUCUGUUUCUUUUCUCUGCCAAAUGCUGGUUACAUGUACAGUCUGAUCAACACAGUAGAGCUCAUCUCCACCUACCAGUACCCGGAAAAGGCCCGUCAGGCUUUGCUAUGCAACCAGUUUCUACAUGUCAUCACACAAAAUUCUCUGCAGUGUUUCUCUGUGAGAUGCAGUGCUGUGGCUGCUCGAGUCGAGGACCCCUACAUUGACACCACCAUGAAGGCCUGUCCUCCUUUCACUAUGGAAGUUAGCGCCCUCCGUAUUCAGCUGUUCAUCGGUCUGAAGUCUCUGUGUCAUGACGGGAAUCGCAUUGUGCUGCUCACAGCUGCUGACGUUGAGACCAAAGAGGAGAUCGAGCGAGCGACUAGAAGAUCUAUCAAAUCAAAAGAGCAGAAAUCACUGGCAGGGAUUUUCCUAGCGGUAGGUAUAGAUCCGACCACCAGCCCAGCUCUGGAGAGCUUCCUGUCCAGGUCCUUCCUGUCCAGGAAGACCUCAGUGUCGAAGCUAAAGGAGCCCAGUGAGACUGGCCAUGGCUGGAACCUGUACGUGAUAAGCACCAUUUCCACGCUGCAGCUCUACAGAGAGAUGGUGGAGUACAGUAAGCGAUAUGAGCAGACUAGCCCGGCGUCCCAGAACUGCAUUCAUCUGCUGAGUGAAGCUCACCUGCUGCUCAGAGCCAGUCUUCUCUGUCCGACCACAGACAGAGCCGAGAUCCAGGAAGCCUUCCAGGAGAGCUGUGCCCAGCUGGGAGACUGCUUCAGCAGGCAGGAUAAACGGGAUUGUCACUUGGCUCUUCCAUACUACAAGAUGUCUGGCUUGUCGGUGACGGAUGUAAUCCAGAGAAACAUGGCAAUGUGCAGAGGUCCUGUUCCAAAUUAUGGGAAAGGCUUCCUCUUCUUCCUUAAGCACUCUCUCUAUGAAGAAACCAUGGAAGAGCUCACCGAAGAAACUGCUAACACCGUGUUGGAGAUUUUCAGUCAGGCCGAGCCAGGCCAGCUCCCAUAUGUAGUGAGCAGCUCAUUCAUGAAGAAUGCCAAUCCUGCUUGUGCACGUGCACACCUGGAGCAGCUGGAGCUCGGUGGUGCCCCAUCUGUCACAGUCACACUGUGUAAGGCUGCUCAGGCACUGCGCUUGGGAGACCUGCACUACUACCAACAGCAAAUGGAUCGGCAUGCUGAGAUGCUGCAGGUGUACGGCUUCAUAGAGGAGCCCAAGCUUCUUGUGCACCACAGAGGGAAGUCCGUGGUGCCCACUCAGCUAGCACAGCACCUCCGAGACACCCAGGACGGCCUGCUGGUGGCUGCCAUUGUGGCGCUUCAUGAGAACAGCAAGGUCAAACUGGAGGAGGCUGAACUGUUCUUUCAGGAGUUGUGUAAGGAUGGCACAGAGCCUCAGAGCAUUCCUCAGCUACUGGUGGACUUCUGGGAGGCUUUGCUGGUGGCUUCGUCUCAGGAAUCGAUCAUCCAGGAGCUUUUGUUCCACCUCACCUCUGUAUACAUCGAGCGCAUCACGUGCAGAGAGCACUCAGGCAUUAAAGCACUCAAAACAGCUGAAGACUUGAUUAACUCCUGCUCUCACUAUGGACCACUGUUUCCAUGGUUGAGCAUCCUGACUCCUGCUCAAUUUAACAUCACACAUGACCACCAAGAAGACCUUCAUAAACUCCAGUCUCUGCUGUGUGGCCCAACACUGGACGUGUCCUCCAUUGUACCUCUGCUAGAACAGCUACCUGAUGCGGAUAAUGCCGGCCUUAGCGUGCACAUGCUCUGUGCCACCAGACUGGGUCAGCAUGAGAGCACCAUCAAGAAGCUACUGGACCGCUGCCCUCAAGCCAUCAUCUCCUACGCCACCCACGAGUUACAUGGCAACAAAAUGGCUCUGUGGUGGCAGAAACUGUUUCCUGAGCUUUGUGAGAGGACACGGCUUUCUUCAGGAGAUAACAGUGUUCUAAUCACCGCCCUCAAAGAGACUCUGGCGGUGGUGGCCAUGGAGCUGAACCCAUUAGAAUUUUUGGACUUGUUACCAGAUGAUGGUACUGCACACUUCUUCCUACCUCAUCUUCUGAAAUGCAGCCAGAGGCAUCUCCUUACAUGAACUACAGGACAUUGUACAAACUAGGACUAGAACGGUAGAUCAUCAUAUAUGCUAACACAUGGGAAUAAGAUUGUGUGCAAAGUGUGCUUAAUUAUAUAACAUAAUGUUAACCAUGUAACUAUUUUAUAGUUCUUUAUCACAAUAUACUGUCAUGUAUGUAUAUGUUAUACCCCUAAUAGCGAAACACUAAAGAUAAUGUUUAUUGAA